AUGCUGCAUUAUGCUGGGAUUCCGUUCAAUGAUCGAAGGCUUUCAGGCGAGGAAUGGGCGAAAAUAAAAUUUGACAGGAAAUGUAAGCGGCUUGGCUUAUUCUUGUAUCAAAUUAUGUACAGUGACGGACAUGAUCCAACGGCAAAAAACGCAAAAUUUUGCAUCCUGGAAGUAUCAAAAAAUGUCGCAGAAUGCCUCCCUCUCCAACUAAAGAAGCUCCGUUUUGAAGGGCGCUUACAAAAAGAGCGGGCGGGCUUUAGAAAUCGGAAUUUUUUCACUCGGAAAAGGAGGUAUUUUGCUGCAUUUUUAGAUACUUCUCGGAUGCAAAUGGUACGUUUUUUUGGCAUUGGAUCAAGACUCCCAUUGAAAAUGGGAGUCUCUUUUGAUUUUUAAACUUUUUCAGUAUUUCCUUAUGGGACGAUGCCAGUUCUCUUCGUCGACAACGAUCGUAUUGCCGAAUCCCACGUGAUUAACCGGUAUGUUGGGCGAUUGGCCCGUCUCGACCAGUCGGAUGACCCAUUGGAGGCGGCUCACUUGGACGAGAUCUACGAAGUGGGCCGCACCUUCUUCGACGCCGCGUUCCCCUUUAUCCUGAUGAGUUUGGGAUUCAUAUCAGGCGAUAAGGAAGCAACAUUGAAUCGAAUUUUCAUCCCAAAUGUCGAGAAGUUCUUCCCGAUCGUUGAGCAAUUCAUCCGACCGAAUGGAUGGUUCAGCGACAAAGGGCUCUCCUAUGUCGACUUUUUUUGGGCCUCAGUGGUCGACAUGUACUUGCCGUUUGCUGAAGAGGUCUUGAAACUACAUCCAAAGUCAAUUGAGCACAUGGAAAAAGUGAAAGGCCUGCCGCAACUUCAAGAAUAUUUGAGAAAUCGCCCAUAA